AUGUCUCGCCAGAGAGUAACAACAAGUGGUACUACAAUAAAAGAGUUUGAAGCUUCUCCGACAGCAACAACACCACCACCACCCUAUUAUGUUAACUCGAUAAAUCAACCACCACCACCACAGAUGCCUAUAUUGAGAGAUUCAUCUUUUUUAUUAGGCGGUGUAUCUCCAGACGGACCACAUGCACUUGAAGAAGAAUGCUAUCAAAUGCUGAAAAGAGGUGGCUCAAUUGGCUAUGAGAAUAAUAAUAAUGAAAAAUUAGCGAUAAUAUCUUCAAAGAAUGGUGUCAAUGACAAAAAUUUUGAACAAAAUAAUCUCAAGAAAAUCAAAUUUGUAGAAAGAAUCCCAAAAUUGACCUACGAACCCAGUGAUUACGGAACCAUGCUUUUAGAGAGUGAUGUUUCUGAGGGAAACAAUAAAGAAAUUAAUCAAUUGAAUCAUAGUGGUAGCAGUGGUAGUAGCAAUAAUAACACUGCUACUAAUGAUAAAAAUGAUUCAGAUUCAUGGAAAAACAUUGAAGCUUCAAUGCAAAUUCAUACGACUUUGGCAAUGUUUUUGGUGUUCAUCUGGAAUCCACUCAAGACACUUUUUCUUUAUAUUCAACGACAUCCACGUGUAAAUCCAUACAUCAACAUCAAAUCGUUUAUGAUUAUUAUUGCAAUUAGUAUCUGUCUUUUCGUAGCUUAUAGGUGGAAUUAUUGCAACAAAAAUUCGGAUCAACUUUCUUUGGAUAUUGCUUGGGAUUCUGAUGAAUUUCGUGCAUUAAUUUCCAAUGAAUUUGGAACUAUUUUCUCUCAUGAAAUACAAAAAGUGUUGGAGAAAAAAGUUGAAUCUGGUCUCAAUCGAGACGAUGUAUUGGAAGCAAUGAGAAGAGAAAUGCAAGAGGUGUUUACGAGAGAAUUAUUAGAGAAAAAAUAUGGAUCAAGUCGCCCCGAUUUUGCUCUUUCAACAGUAGGUGCAAGAGUAAUUCCACAUCUGACAUCAUUAUCUUACUCUGUCUCUCCUCAAAGUUGGACAAGGAAGAUUUUUUCAUAUAUAUCGUGGCGAAAUAAUAUUGUCGACAAUGCACCGAUGAUUACUAUCGCACCUGGUAUUUAUGAUGGUCUAUGCUGGAGCUUCGCAGGACAAAAAGGAGUAUUGGCUGUGCGACUAGCGAAAAAUGCAUAUGUAACUGCAAUCACCUAUGAGCAUAUUAGUAAAGAAGUUGCAGUACGAGAUGAAGUUUCCCCAGCACCAAAAGAUUUUGAGGUCUGGGGACUUCCAGAAAACGGCAUUGAAUUGAGUGUAGAAGAUUUCACAAUAUUUCUUGGCCGUUUUGCUUAUAAUGUUAAAGCAUCAGUCCCAAGACAAAUAUUCAAUACCGCCAAAUCAAAAGUACCAAUACGUGCUGUUCUAUUUAAAAUUAUGAACAAUUGGGGCAAUUCGAAAUUUACUCGUGUUUAUCGAUUCCGUGUUCAUGGAAAUCGCGUCAAUUAA